AUGGCCGAGAGAGGCGGCAGUGCUGCGGUUCUGAUGAGAGGAGGGGUUGGCCGUCGUUCUCCGUGGCAGAUGGAUCUCAGCGCGGAUGUCGUCUCCGGGUACCGGAAAGACGCGAAGAUUACUUCACCAACACGUCGGCGGUCAGCUGAACGUGACGGUAGAGGUUCACGGACGGUUGCUGGCGCAGCAAGAUCUCAGGUUUUGUACGGUGACGCCUCCCACACCAUCGGAAACUUCGCCACCGUAACCAUCUCCUUCGGCUCCUCCGGCACCGUUGACAACGUGGCCAUCGGCUGCGGCCACGACAACGGCGGCCUGUUUUUCGGUGCCGCGGGCCUGCUGGGCCUGGGCGGCGGCGCCUCAUCUCUUCCCGCUCAGAUCAAAGCGACGUCAUUCUCAUACUGCUUGGUGGACCGCGACUCGAACUCGUCGUCCACUCUGGAUUUCAACUCGAUCCCGCCCGCCGACUCGGUGGCAGCGCCGCUGGUCGACAACCCCUCCAACGACGCCUACCGCUACGUGCCGAUGACCGGGAUCAGCGUGGGCGGCGAGGCGGUGAAGUUCGCGGCGUCUCUGCUGGAGAUGGGGAGCGACGGGAGUGGCGGCAUGAUCGUGGACUCCGGCACGACGGUGACGCGGCUGCGGAGAGAUGUGUACGGCUUGGUGCGGGAUGCGUUCAGGAACAAGACCAGUGCACUGCCGUGGGUCGGCGAUUAUGCUCUGUUCGACACGUGCUACGACUUGCCCUCGCUGUCGAAGGCGAGGAUCCCCAUGGUGGCGGGAAGAGGAUGGUGCUGCCGCCGCAGAACAGCAUGGUAG